CUUUGGCGCGGUCCUCCCGCGGAGGCGGGCGGACCUGGUUUGUCCGGAGGGAGGUUCCGCCUCGUAGUCCUGGGCCAUGGCGCUGCCGGCGGCCCUGUGGAUCGGGGACCAGCUCAUCCUGGAGGAGGACUACGACGAGAGCUACGUCCCGAGCGAGAGAGGUCCGUCACCCGGCCGGCCGAGGGCUCCCGGGCUCCCCCGAGGCCGCCUCCCUGCCCGCCUUCUUGCAGAGAUCGCGGAGUUGGCUCGCAUGAUCGGCAUCGACGCGGAGAAGGAGCCGGAGCUGCUGUGGCUGCCCCGGGAGGGCAUCGUGGCGCCGCUGCCCGCCCGCCGAGUGGAAGCCCUGUCUCCAGACCCUACAGCUCCCCUGGAGGGUCUUGCUACAUUUCAUGGCAUUGUAGGUGCUGCAUCCAGCAUACUCCAAGACGCACUCAGCCCUGAGGGGAGAAGCUCGGUGGAAGGGAGAGACUUGGCUCAGCCUGACAGCUCCAGGAAGAAUUCGCGUGAAUUAGUGGAUGAAGCAGUAGCAGCAGCAUCACCCUUGAACCCACUGAUGCCUGUUGGGGCAGAAGAGGAAGAAGCUGUCAGUGAGAGCCUAGGAAGAGCAGCCCAGCUUUUCAGGAACCUCCACAUGGACGUCAGUGCCAGCCUUGGUGCCAGCCUUGACAAUGAGGUUUCUGAAGGCAGCAGUCACAUGAAAGAGCUGCAUCUUUCUGACCCCUUGGACCAUCAGCCACAGGACGUUGUGAGUCCCAUUUUGGAGAAUGCCCUGGAUGUGGCUGAAUUACCUCCAGUCCAAGUUUGCAGCAAGCAGAGCCUCUGUGGAAAGCACUUGGAAGGAGGAGUGACAGAAAUGCUGAGUCUGAAGUCAAACAAAUGGAGGCUUGGAAGGAACACGCUGAGGAUUCCCCAGACAAAGUGGAUCAGAGAUCUCUUGGACAAUGACAGGCUUUGUCUGUGCAACAAGGAAAUAAAGCUUCAGUUCAGAGUUUGCAGGAACAGCUGCAGCAAGAGAAGGAGGAAGAGGCAGUGCUCCAGAGGCUGCAUCAGCAGGAGGGUGCCCUCCAGCGAGUUCCAGCCCCCUGCGCCCUUGCCCUUGCCCUGCCUUCCCAGGUGGCAGUGCUUAGGUGGGCUCCAUCAGUCAGGUGGCUCGAAGGAGAGUGGGGGAGGAGUGGGUUGCCUCUGUUGGUACAUUGAGCUUCAGCUUCAAAGCAAAAAAAAAAAAAAAAAAAAAAAAAAAAUGUCCGAAACUCCUGGGAAUGGCUGAAUUCUGAACUCAGGGGUUGGGUUGAAUUCUGUUCCCUUGUGCUCUUUUCAUACUGAUAGCUUGACAUCUGGGGCUUACUGUAGAACCCUCUUCUUUUUACCUACAAAGAGGUGCUGGACCACUAAAUGUGGCUUUGCUCCAAGACAUCCACUUAGUCGUAGGGUUGCCUAUUCUGAGGUGGUGUCAGGAUCUCUGACACUCACCCAGUGUGGCAUGAGGUCUCCGGCGUAUUUGUUUUUUGCUUUGAAGCUGAAGCUUAGUGUAUUAAUAGAGGCAACCCUCUCAUCUCCCACUGGGGCAGGGUCCCAGAAACAACAACUCUUAGCUGACUGUGGAAGUCAGCUAAGCUUUGUGUCCCCUUCCAAAGGCUGUUCAGUGACUCUUCUCCGAGCCACCUCACCGACAGAGCUCACCUGAGGGCAGGGCACACGGACAGAUGUAAUAUCCUUGAAAUUGUUAAACGACUGUGAGCUACUUGUGUGUGUGUAUAUGAUUUCAGCAUAAGCUUUCAGCUGCCUAUGGUGCGUCCGUAGUGUGUAUAUAUGGGGUGUGUGUGUGUGUGUGUAUACAUAUAUAUAUAUAUAUAUAUAUAUAUAUAUAUAGGAAUGAUGAAACAGAGACCUUAAGG